AUGGAGGCAGUGAAUAUCAAGAAAUUUAUCAGGGAGAAUAGAGAGAUAGUGCUGCUGAUAUAUGAUUUCUAUGAAACACGGCACAUUCCAAUGAAGAUGACUGAUUUGAAGAAGAAUCUGUCACUUUUUCCGGUGGCAAAUGUGCCGUUACUUGAGUAUAUCUUGUCGAGUCUGUGUGAUCAGCAGUUUUUUAAUGUGAUUCUUGCAGGAAGCGGUUGUAAAGAAGUGAUUUCACAUGCAAUAAAGAUAGAUGUGUCUGGAAGGAUGAAUAUUGCAACGCUUGAUUGCGAAGGCAAGUCCCUUGGAGAUCUGAUGAGGUAUAUUGAUGAUAAUGGACUUGAUUUUGAUGAUUUACUGGUUAUCUAUGCAAACCACUAUACAAACUAUCCUUUGAAAAACAUUUUAGAGAGGCACAGGAAGGGAAAGGACGUUAUCAUGACAUUGUUUCUACAUCCAAGCGAGAGUAACAGCAAUGUGUCUCAUCUAUAUGGAUUGGAUUGGAAUGAGGUUGUGUUUUACAGCAAGUGUGUGAAUGAAGUGUAUGAUGAGAAGAAAGUGGUAGAGGCAGUGUUAGAGAAUGGAACGAUUGAGUUUACUGCAGGUCUGUCGUCUCCAACUAUUGCUGUUGUGUCGUCGAAGAUAUUUCCGUUAUUUACUGAGAAUUUUGACUUUGGAACCUUAGGUGAUUUAGUGAAAGGAGUUCUUGCGUUUAAUGCAUAUAAUUUCAAGGUGAUGUGCUGUAUUCAAGGACAAGCAGAUGGGAUAGAGGAAGGUAUUUCUGGAAUGGAUAUUGAGAGGAAGAGUGGGUUUUACAGCAAAGAGAUAGUGACGCUGUAUGAUUACUUCAAGUUCAAUGAGGAUGUGAGAGAGGGUAAGGCAGUUGAUUUACGGAAAUUCAGAUGGAGAGGUACAGACAGAUUCCAGAGUUUUGUGCAGAUACAAAGUAAUUUUUUUGAUGAUGAGCCGAAUGAGCCUGAUGCUGAGCUGUAUGAGCCGAUUUCCAACACAGUAGUUGGAUGUGACCUGAAGUUUGUUAUGAAUCGUUUUAUUCGGGAUUCUGUUGUUGGACAUGGAUGCUUUAUUGGUGGGAAUGUGGACAGAUGUAUUGUAUGGGAUGAUGUAUGUGUUGAGGAUGAUUUUAUGGAUCACAUUAUGUUUUCUGAGGGACAGAUGUUUCAUUGCAGUCAUCUUGAGGAGGAUGAAGAAGAGGAAGAAUACUGCAACAAGGAAAGGACGUCUUUUUUUGAUGAUGUGCUGGUGUACAUGAUGGAUGUUGCACAGAGAGAUUAUGUUGAGGAGAUUGACAUUGAGGAUGUUGUUAAGCAGAUAACGCUACUAAGGAUUAUGUGGAAUGCAUCAGAAGUUGACUUGAUUGAGGCGUUUUCGAUAUUUUUGGUGGAGAUUGUUGAAGAGGAAGAUGUGGACGGGAGUACUAUCAAGGGAUCGAUGUUUUUCCCGGUGAUUGAAGAGCACAUGUAUGAGAUAGAGAGGCAGGAGAUGCUGAUGAGCCUAGUUUUGCAAGGAUUGAGUGAGUAUUCAAAGAUUGUACGAAGGAAUGUUGUGAACAGGUAUGGAUACUUACUGUUUGAUGAUGGAAUAAUAUCUUGCUCAGUGAUGAAGAAGUAUAAUGCGCUUGUAAAGUGA